UCUUUGGGAGAAGAUAACGCCGUUAUUUACGGCGUCAUAUGGCAAGACAAACGGCGUCACAAAACGGCGUCAUUGAUCGGAUUAUAAAACGCCGUAAAUAACGGCGUUGUUGCCGAUUUUCGCGCGUUUUUUACGGCGUUUGUAAUCCCGACGGCGUAUUUAGCGGCGCAAAUUCUGUUUUAAACGCCGUUAAAUACGGCGUUUGGAUGCAAACGCGAUUCAUUCAUUGCGUAAAUGUGAACCUUCUGGCUUGCGAUAUGAUAAUCACACGCGUGUCAAGCGAGGAUAUAAGACGGGCGGACACAUUAAAGGUUUUAUUAAAGCUUUUGCGGUCACACUGGUAUCCUGACAGGCUUUUACCACUUAUUAUAGCUCUUGUUUUUUGGGGAUACGAACUGGAAAACAUGCUGUUUUGGCACAAUCAUCCCGAAACCUAUCAACAUCAUGCGCAUGUAAGAAAUCUUGCCCGUUUUCUGAAGCACAUCGAGGAGCCGCGGUGUGCUGAAUCUGGAAUGACUCCCUUUCAUUAUGUGCUUUGUGCAGCCACAUCUCCAGCUGUGAAACUACAAGACGAAACACUCACUUAUCUAAAUCAAGGUUUAUUUCCUAUAACUGUAGGUCAGUCCUAUGAAAUCCGUAUGCUUAACAGAAACAUAUCGGAGUGUAAAGGUAUAAGCUGCAAAUAUAAUAAGAGUAUUGUGCGUGUGGUGUUUCAUGACCGACGGCUUCAGUACACAGAGCACCAACAGCUGGAGGGAUGGAGAUGGAACCGACCAGGAGACAGAAUCUUGGAUAUGGAUGUCCCUCUGUCAGUGGGGAUCAUGGAAUCUCAAGCACAUCCAUUGCAGGUCAAUACAAUACAGUUCCUCUGGGAUCCUGACCAGAAUGCCUCCGUGUUUAUUCGGGUCAACUGCAUUAGCACUGAAUUCACUCCUAGAAAACAUGGUGGAGAGAAGGGAGUCCCCUUUCGCAUUCAGAUAGACACCUUUGCAGCCAGUGAGCAGGGGGAAUAUGUUAAACAUAUGCACUCCGCCAGCUGCCAGGUCAAAGUAUUUAAGCUAAAAGGCGCAGAUCGCAGACUCAAGACUGACCAAGGGAAAAUUGAGAAAAAAAGUCCGCAAGAUAGAGAGAAAUAUCAACCCUCCUAUAAAACUACUGUGCUUACUGAGUGCUUCCCUUGGCCUGAAGCUCCAUCUAUCAACACUACAAGAAACACUCCAUCUCCUGUUUAUCCCAGCAGUCUUGCUUCAUACAGCUUUCCAGAGGGAAACUGCUUUCCAGACCAGCAGGGGGAGCUACUCCUGCCCAACUACUUUGAUCACCUGUUGCCUUCGUCCUCCGCGCAUGACACACAGCAGUGGUUGCAUCGUAAUAGGUUCUCAUCUGUCUGCAGGAUUUUCUCCGGUUUCACAGGUUCUGAUUUGCUAAAAAUGAGCAGAGACGACUUCAUUCAAAUCUGUGGGCCUGCUGAUGGAAUUCGUCUUUUUAAUACAAUCGAGGGGAGGUGCGUACAACCACGUCUCACUGUCUAUGUAUCUCAGCUGCAGAAUAGAUAUCAACCACAUGCCAAAGGAGGGGCUGAUGGAGUCUACCAUGCCCUCUACCUAGAGCAUUGUUUCCCAACCACUGUGCCGUGGCACACUAGUGUGCCGUGACAGCUUGUUUGGUGUGCCGUGGAAAAAUAAAAAAUCACAACUGCGUAUGUCAAUGUCAUCAAUUUCAGCCAGGAUAUAAUCUUUGUGUUCAUCAAAACAAGUGUACUUGCAUUGAAUAAAAAAGGUUGGGGAACACUGACCUAGAGGACCUUACUGUGUUUGAGCUCGCUGAGAAGAUAGCCAAUCUAUAUAAUGUGCCCUCACAGCAGAUUCAUCAUGCAUACAGACAAGGGCCGACGGGGAUUUACGUCUUGGUUUCGGAUGCGAUGGUGCAGAACUUCACAGAGGAGACCAGCUUUAUAAUCAGCACUUUGAAAGAUGAAAGUAAUGAUGGUUACCAUGUUGUACUGAAGUGACCAGCUACUAGAAAAUUAUGAAUCCUAUUAGCUUAUUUUAACAGACUGUGUGAUUUUAAGUUGUAUUUCACCUGCAAGAAUGUGAUGUGAAUAAACAGAGAACAGCUUUGUAUAA